UCAACACCUUAACAAACAACAGACACAAUGGAGAAAGUCAUUUUCUUCUGUGUAUUUUCUUGUUGGAUUAUGCAAAUCACAUCCAGUGAUUUGUCAGCAGGAGGAUCUUCUGUUGUGAGAGUUCGGAUGGGAGAAAACAUCACUCUGAACUGCAGCAUGAGGGACAGAUAUGAAGUCGCCUGGUAUCUUCUCAGAUCUGAUGAACUCGUCCUGCUAAUUUCCGGUGAGAAGGACAAAAACGGGAGAAAACUUCUGAUCAACUACAAUCUAAACCGUACUCGUGUGAAAAUGACAGCAGACAGUUGGGUCACCGGAGUCUCUUUAACUAUUACUGGAGUAACAGAAUCAGAUUCAGGACUUUAUUUCUAUGGAGUAAAGUCUGACGCUCCAGAGAUGCACUUCGACAAACCCAUCAGACUGGACAUUGAAGAAAAGGCGAAUGCAGAAUGUCAAAUCACAGACGAGGUGACGGUGACGGAGCGUGUGUUGAUGUUCGCUGGUGUUGGACUGGCUGUGUUUGUGUUUUUUCUGGCUACAGUCGUCGCAGGAAGAGUCAUUUACCAUCGUGGACAGCAGAAAGGAUGGAAAGCAGCGAAACAAGAAGCUCAAGAAGUGUCUGAAACCCAAAUCAGCUAAAUGACACAUUUAUUUGCUUUAUUUGACAAUCUGAGCUUUGCACUGCCAGUAAAAUAAGCAUAUCUGUUGGGAAACACAAAUGGCAACAGACAACUUUGGCUCAGACGCUUUUCCUGUUUAUCAGAUUUCACUUCGAGAAAACUGAGAUGUUGUGGUAAAGGUCGCCUUUAUUCAGCACCAGUGAAACUUAAAAAAUCUCUAACGGUUGUGGGGAUUAUUCAGGUGCAUAAGUGGAUCAGUUAAAUUUAAAUUAUUUUCUCUUUAAUGCAGUAUUUGUUAAGUCAUUAUCAAUGAACCAUAUGCAUGCUAGAGUCUUUGUAGCGGGCGAGCCAAU